CCACCGCUGAUUAUAGGGACUCUUGCUGUCUCCUUCCUCCUUCCUCCGUUGCAUUGAGCCUGGGACCUGGCCCGGGGGCUGAACGGCACACACAGAGCGCGCAUCAUGGCAGCUACCCACAACAACGAGUACAGAGGCUACCUGCGGAACGCCGUCCAUAUGGAGGCCGGGCAGCACCGCUUCCACCCGGUGCAGAGCUCGGAGCCCACGUACCGGCCGCUCCUGUUCGGGACCCUCGCUGUUAUGGGAUUGCUCCAGGUGGCUUCCAGCGUGGCGAUCUUAUUACACCUGACGGGUUAUCUGCAAGAGGUAGAUUUGUCCGCCGCCCCGCGUCGUCCCAUUGAGGAGGUGCAGACGGAGCCGGUGCUGAACGCACUGAGAGACACGAGGAAAAACCGACGGUGCAAAACUCCAAAAGAGAGCCUGCCCUCAGCUCAUCUACCAAUCAGAAGGCAGCAAGAGUACCCCAAGAAGGUUGAGCCGAAGGCCAUCACCAUUGACUGGGACGAGGUGUAUGGAUACCACCACAGAAUGGGCUACGAGAAGGGCAAACUGCUGGUGAUGGAGUCAGGUUUCUACUACGUUUACGCCAAGACCUGCUUCCGCUACUACAAUUAUGCACUAGAGGACAGCACUCAGACCGGGACCCCACCGGUGGAUGUUAGCAACACCCAGCUCAUCCAGUAUGUCUACCAUGAAAGCAUCAAACAGAACAGCAGGGCUGUACUGCUGAUAAAGACGGGCAGCACCAUGCGCUGGAACGACACGAGCUAUAACAUGUACUGCGCCCAGCAAGGCCGAGGAGUCCGGCUGGAGGAGGGAGACGCCUUGUUUGUCAAUGUGUCCAAUGCCUGGAUGCUGGAUUUGGAGGGAGAAGGGACGUAUUUUGGGGCCAUAAAGUUGGGUAACUGAAAUUUAAACACGUGGGAAGCGGACAUGCUACUGAACAUUUGAUAUGCCAAAGAACCACUGUUAGUGAUUUACAAUGUUG